AAUUGCGCUCUUCUGUUCUGCCGUUCCCUCUUUCCUUCUCCUAAAUUCCCGGCGCCGAAGACAUUGCCAAGCCACGCUAAACCAUUACCAACUGCAAUCCAAAUUAUCAUCAUCCUCUCUCUCUCUCUCUCUCUCAUUAUACAAGUAAAAAUGCUACCUAUAUCCGUAAAACCACCGCCUCCGGCGUCGUCUUCGUCCCCGGAGAUGCCGACAGUUCCAGCAGCAUCGGGGACGAUGUUUCUAAGAUCACCGGAGGACGAUCUGUCAGCCACGCGUCUUCUCAUUUCUCCGAUGUUUGAGGACCGGAAUGGCCUCGAAGCCAAGCCGUUUUUACCUAGGUCUUCAAGCUUCAGCAGUGUCACCAGUUCCAGCGCUAGUUUUUACCAGAAGCGCCGUCGUCAGACCGCUGGGGACAACGUUUCCCCUUUUUCCUCCGCCAACGGCGGCCAGUCAUUUAGGGAGCGUACUACGUCGGAGACGACUCGCCUUGGUUUCAACUUCUUCCGAUAUCUUGAGGUAGGUUACAGAUGGAUCUUAAGAUUUCUUGGCCUUGGCCUUUAUUCUUUCCUAAUUUUCCCUGGUUUUAUUCAAGUGGCCUUUUAUUAUUUCUUCUCAAGGCAGGUUCAUAGAGGUAUAGUUUAUGGUGAUCAACCAAGAAAUAGGCUUGAUCUUUACUUACCUAAAAAUACUGAUGGCCCAAAGCCAGUUGUUGCAUUUAUAACUGGAGGAGCCUGGAUCAUUGGUUAUAAAGCAUGGGGUUCUCUUUUAGGGCUGCAGUUAUCAGAGAGAGACAUCAUAGUUGCCUGCAUAGAUUACAGAAAUUUCCCUCAGGGGACUAUGAGUGAUAUGGUAGAGGAUUCUUGUCAAGGUAUCUCUUUUGUGUGCAAUCAUAUUGCUGAAUAUGGGGGAGAUCCCAAUAGGAUUUAUUUAAUGGGACAGUCAGCUGGCGCCCAUAUUGCUUCUUGUGCUCUGUUAAAGAGGGCAGUUGAAGAGGCUGGCGAAACAGAGAGCAACUCUUGGAGUGUGUCUCAGAUAAAAGCUUAUUUUGGUUUAUCUGGAGGGUAUAAUUUGUUUAGCUUAGUGGAUCACUUCCAUAGUCGAGGACUGUACCGUUCAGUCUUUUUGAGCAUAAUGGAAGGGGAGGAAUCUCUGCAUCGAUUUUCUCCUGAACUAUUGGUACAGGAUCCAAGUAUUAGAAAUGCUGUUUCUCUUCUACCUCCUAUUGCCCUAUUUCAUGGCACUGGAGAUUAUUCUAUUCCAUUCGAUGCCAGCAAGAACUUUGCAGAUGCUCUUGAAAGAGUGGGAGUGAAAGCUGAACUAAUUUUAUACGAAGGACGAACUCACACAGACGUGUUUGUCCAGGAUCCAAUGAGAGGUGGGAAAGAUAAACUGUUUGAAGAUUUAGUAGGUUACAUUCAUGCUGGAGACCCAGAAGCCCUUGCAAAAGAUGCAAAUGCUCCUCCAAGAAAAAGACUUGUGCCUGAAUGCAUGUUGAAGUUGGCCCGCAGGGUCAGCCCCUUUUAGUAAGUAUUUUUGUAUCAGUUGUGGCUGGUAUUUUUAACUUCAAACCAAAAAAUAAAAAAAUAAAUAAAAAAGAAAGAGUAAAAUACAUGAUGUAUAUUCCUAAGAUUUGAUAUGAAUACUGGAAAUAUCCCUCACAGGUUAUUAAAUUACCCUUUGUUGUGUUAGAUUUACACUCUGUCGGAUAUCAUUGAUAUAUACUCAAAUGAAUUUGUAAGCUCUGGCAAAUGGAUGAGAAGUUAAAUGUAAUUUUUUUUUUU